ACAGAGCCAACCUGAGUCAGAUAUCAGACUCGUCUGGAAAACUUUGCAGCCGAAUCCACCACGUUUCUUCGCGUUGCGGCUUCGCGUGUCCGUUCCAAUUCAACACCAAUUACGUUCACAUUUCUACCAUGGCCGAAGACCAGCAACAAUUUUUGCAUUUACUAAGCACACUGUUAAGUACGGACAACACUAUCCGUAGCAAUGCCGAGACAACACUUGAUGGUAUUUCUGUAGAAACCAGAGCAACUUACCUUUUGGCCUCCAUGCGAAACACAACAGUAGGAGAAGAUGUUCGACAAAUGGCAGCUGUCCUUCUGAGACGAGUAAUUUCCAAUGAAUUUGAGGACUUCUACAACAAGCUUACCCCUGAAAACCAAAUUCAUUUAAAAAAUGAAUUAUUGGCAACUAUUCAGACAGAAACCCAAGCAGGAAUGAGGAGGAAAAUAUGUGAAGUAGUGUCAGAACUGGCUAGACAAUUGCUGGAUGAGGAAGGUAAUAACCUCUGGCCAGAGUUCCUUCGUUUUCUCUUUGAGUCUGCCAGCAAUGGCACUCCUGAAAUCAAAGAGAGUGCCUUGCAAAUGUUUGGAUCUGUUCCUGGAAUCUUUGGAAAUCAACAGUCCCAAUACCUAAAUGUCAUCAAACAGAUGUUGCAACAAUGUAUGGCUGACUGGUCAAACUAUCCAGUACGCUAUCAAGCUGUGAAGUCACUGUCAUCUUUCAUCCUGCUGCAUGAUGAUGAUGUUGCUAUUCAAAAACAUUUUCAGGAUUUAACUGCGGGAAUGAUCCAAAUCGUUGCUGAAAGUAUUCAGAAACAAGACGACGAUACAUUGCUGAAGUGCGUCGUGGAUCUGGCUGAAAACACACCUAAAUUCCUUAGACUACAGAUCGAGCCGUUGCUGCAGAUGUGUACGCAAGCGGUGGCCAAUGAAGAAUUACUGGAUUCUUGGCGUCAGCUGGCUCUGGAAGUUAUCGUCACAUUAGCAGAGACGGCACCAGCUUCUGUUCGUAAAAAUGGCGCUACACUCAUCCCGUUGGUAAUUUCGACCGCCCUUAAAAUGAUGACAGACUUGGAUGACGAUGAAGAAUGGAGCACGAGCGACGAUUUAACAGAGGAAGAUAACGACAGUAACUCGGUAGUCGCUGAAGCUGCACUCGAUCGUCUAGCCUGUGGAAUCGGUGGGAAAUCGGUUCUCCCCCACAUUAUCCAGAGUUUACCCACAAUGCUUUCAAAUACCGAUUGGAGGUAUCGGCAUGCUGCGCUAAUGGCCGUUUCUGCUGUUGGAGAAGGGUGCCACAAAGAAAUGGAACCGCUUCUCACGCAAAUCAUGGACGGUAUCCUUAAUUUUCUCCGAGACCCUCAUCCUCGGGUCCGCUAUGCUACAUGCAAUGCUAUCGGCCAGAUGUCGACAGAUUUUGCCCAAAUAUUCGAAAAGAAAUUUCAUGACAAAGUUAUCCCAGGACUGUUGAUGGUUAUGGACGACAACGAGAACCCACGAGUUCAAGCUCACGCAGGCGCAGCUUUGGUAAACUUCAGUGAAGAUUGUCCAAAGUCGAUUUUGGCCCAAUACUUGGAUAGCAUUAUGGCUAAGCUGGAAGCUAUUUUGAGUGCAAAAUUCAAUGAAUUGGUCGAACGAGGCACGAAAUUGGUGCUCGAGCAAGUCGUAACCACGAUUGCUUCCGUAGCCGACACUUCAGAGGAGAAGUUUUUGGUAUAUUACGACCGAUUUAUGCCAUGUCUCAAGUACAUAAUUCAGAACGCAACGACCUCGGAACUCCGCCUUCUCCGUGGCAAGACUAUUGAGUGCGUGAGUUUGAUUGGUUUGGCUGUGGGUGCGGAGAAGUUUACAAGAGAUGCCAGCGAAGUCAUGGAUAUGCUGCUGAAAACACAGACGGAAGGCGCCGAAAUGGCUGAUGACGAUCCUCAACUGUCGUACAUGAUUUCGGCUUGGGCUCGCAUCUGUAAAAUCCUUGGAAAGCAAUUUCAACCUUAUCUGCCACUUGUCAUGGGUCCAGUUUUAAAAGCCGCCAGUAUGAAACCGGAAGUGGCGUUGCUGGACGCAGAUGAUCUCAAGUCUGUAGAAGGGGAUGAUGAUUGGCAAUUUGUUUCACUAAACGAUCAGCAGAAUUUUGGCAUUAAGACAGCUGGCUUGGAAGAGAAAGCUACAGCUUGUCAAAUGCUUGUUUGUUACGCUCGCGAGCUUAAGGAUGCCUUUUCCGAUUAUACCGAAGAAGUCGUCAAACUGAUGGUUCCUCUAUUGAAGUUUUACUUCCAUGAUGGCGUUCGUACAGCAGCCGUCGAAGCUCUUCCCUAUUUGCUAGAAUGCGCCAGGGUGAAGGGCCCCCAGUAUGUUCAGGACAUGUGGGUCUUUAUGUGUGGCGAUAUUCUCAAAGCUAUGGAUACGGAACCUGAAAAAGACGUACUUGCGGAGCAGUUGGCUGCUUUGGCGAAAUGCAUCGAAACUCUAGGAAGUGGUUGCUUAAACGAAGAGAUGAUGACCGAGUUAGUCAAAAUCUUGGAUCGUUUGAUGAAAGACCACUUUACACGCUCCACAGAAAGACAGGAGAAACGAAAAGAUGAAGAUUAUGAUGAGGUAGUCGAAGAUCAACUAGUCGACGAAGACGAUGAAGACACUUACAUCCUUAGUAAGAUUACCGAGGUUAUUCAUGCUUUGAUGGCUGCCUAUCGCUCGGCUUUCCUACCCGUCCUCGACAAUUUGAUUCCUCACGUUGUCAAGCUUCUUGGUCCCGAUCGUCCUUGGCCAGAUCAUCAGUGGGGCAUUUGUGUCUUCGACGAUGUAAUUGAAUUUGCUGGACCAGACAGCGUGAAGUACCAGGAGUUGUUUUUGAGACCACUACUAGAGUUCCUUAAAGAUAAAAGUCCAGAGGUGAGACAAGCAGCCGCCUACGGUUGGGGAGCAUUGGGUAUGCACGGCACGGCGGUAUUCGCUGGUGCAUGUGCGCAAGCUGUUCCCACUCUGAUUGAAAUGAUCGCCGCUCCAGAUUCUCGCAGUGUAGAGAAUAUCAAUCCAACGGAGAAUGCUAUUUCUGCCGUAACAAAAAUUUUGAAAUUCAACAACAGCGCUCUCCACGUCGACGAGAUUAUUUCUCACUGGAUAACGUGGCUGCCUAUUUGGGAAGAUGAAGAUGAAGCGCCACACAUCUACAACUACUUCUGUGAUUUAGUGGAAGCGAAUCAUCCAGUUGUUUUGGGUCCGAACCACAGCAACCUACCACGCAUCAUUUAUAUUAUUGCAGAAGCUUUUAACAAAGAAGUCCUUGAUGUUGAAUCGGAGUUGUUUCGGAGAAUGGUAAAUAUUGUUAGGCAAGUUCAAGGUAAUCAAAGUGUGUUUGAAGCUUGCCUGAGUCAGAUGAAUGCCGAGCAACAAGCAGCCCUGCAAGAAGCUUUGACAUGAAUUGGUAGACGCGUGAUCAGUAAUUGAUUAUUAUAAAAUUGUUGGCUUAUUCAAUCUCCCAUUUUUUUGCAUACAGUUGGCUAUUUGUUUUUCUCUUGAAUUAUGCUCAUUUAGCCAUUUUUUCCAUCUUCAUUUGGCUAUAACAAAUAUGCUAUUUCCAUGUUGAAUUAGCCAAGCACAUUCACCGUAUAAAGGAAACUUGAACUAAAAUUUGUUGGACAAAUACAUCUGACUAUUCAAAAUUCAAA